GUUUGAAGGAAGCUGUAGGGAAGCCGGUGAGCUUGUGGCAGACAUCCCUUAGGUGUGAUCGAGUGAUAAAGGAAAUGUGGUGCCCUUCGGGAGGGUGUGUACCUACGAGAAACAGGAAGCCGAGCAGCGGCUGCCUGCCUGCCUGCCUGCAGAGGUUGGUAGCCCCGGCGGGUGCAGGUGUGCCGACACGCCGCUCAGCCUCUUCUAUCCAGGCAUCUUGGCAGGCAACGCUCCUCAGCGGCAACAUCUGGAAGAGGCGGGGAAGAGGGGGGGGAAGAAACCCAACCCAAAGCCAAAACACACCACCACCACCCCCCCCCCCCUUAAGAAAAACAGCCCUCCAGGUAGAGAAAUAUGAUGGCCUUGCAGCUGAAAGAGUUGUCACAGUCAGGUCUGUACAGGAGGAGACGCGAUCGCCCUGAUAGCGUGGGACUGCCCGGGUCGCACGAAGAGAAGCUGAGCAACAUGGCCAAUGCUCUUGCAAACGCCAUCUGUGAGCGCUGCCGGGGUGGCUUUGCCCCUGCAGAGAAAAUUGUCAACAGCAACGGGGAGCUGUACCACGAGCAGUGUUUCGUCUGUGCCCAGUGCUUCCAACAGUUUCCUGAAGGGCUCUUCUAUGAGUUUGAAGGGAGGAAGUACUGUGAACAUGAUUUUCAGAUGCUUUUUGCCCCCUGCUGCCAUCAGUGUGGUGAGUUCAUUAUUGGUCGUGUUAUUAAAGCUAUGAACAAUAGCUGGCAUCCGGAGUGCUUCUGCUGCGAUAUCUGCCAACAAGUAUUGGCUGAUAUUGGAUUUGUCAAGAAUGCUGGCAGACAUCUCUGCCGUCCUUGCCAUAACAGGGAAAAAGCCAGAGGCCUGGGAAAGUAUAUUUGCCAGAAGUGUCAUGCCAUUAUUGACGAACAGCCUCUCAUAUUCAAAAAUGAUCCUUAUCACCCUGAUCAUUUCAACUGUGCAAACUGCGGGAAGGAACUUACUGCUGAUGCUCGUGAAUUGAAGGGAGAAUUAUACUGCUUACCCUGCCAUGACAAAAUGGGCGUCCCCAUCUGUGGAGCAUGUAGGAGACCAAUUGAGGGCCGUGUGGUGAAUGCUAUGGGCAAACAAUGGCAUGUGGAGCAUUUUGUUUGUGCAAAAUGUGAAAAGCCAUUCCUGGGUCAUCGUCAUUAUGAGAGAAAAGGCUUGGCAUAUUGUGAAACCCACUACAACCAGCUCUUUGGUGAUGUUUGUUUCCACUGCAACCGUGUGAUUGAAGGAGAUGUUGUGUCCGCUCUGAAUAAGGCAUGGUGUGUGAACUGUUUUGCUUGUUCAACUUGCAACACUAAGUUAACACUCAAGAAUAAAUUUGUUGAGUUUGAUAUGAAGCCUGUCUGCAAAAAGUGUUAUGAGAAGUUUCCUCUAGAGCUGAAGAAAAGACUGAAGAAACUAGCUGAAACUUUGGGAAGGAAGUAAAGACUUCAUCUGCUCUCCUCCUCCUUUGUGAAAAUCCUAUGCAUAUUACUUGGGGGGAAUGGGGCUGUUUUGAGGCUGCAGUAAGGCAACAAAUGAUGAUGUAUGCCUUCUAUCUAAUGAAAUUGUCUUAAGAGUCUCUGUUCUCUACAUGAGAACGUGUGCUUAUUUGUUGAUAAACAUACUGUACUUCUGAACUAACUUAAAUACCCACUCACCUGAAAGGUUUCUGACCCUGAUAAUGAACUGAUACAAGUGGCCCAUUCUGCACAGUCAUCUUGGAAUUUUACAGAGAGAAUUUGCUUCUGAACACCUGUGAAAAGAAAUUGUGCAAAUGCGUCCAACUUUUGGGGCAUGUGUUGUCGUUUAUAUUAAUGAAAGUAUUAACCUUCAUAUUAAGCAUGCACACAAAAUGUUCCCAAGUCAAGUGGCUUGGGCAAGAAUCCAGUAUACUUCUCCUUGUUGGAAAAAAUGUGCUUAGAUUUCAGGCCAAGUUGUCUCAUUAAGGAGCCUUGUUUCUGAUGGUUUGAUCAGAUUUCUAAAUACAGUCACUCCACAAAUGACCUACUUCUUUUAGAUUAUGCUUACAUGAUGAAUCUUUGUACAUCAGGCUUAGCAUGAAAUACGUAUAUAAAAUAUGUAUUCCUAUUGCAAGAAAUGAGCAUACUCGGAACUACUUGAAUUUUGCUAUAAUCCACUCAAAAUAACACAUUAACUUUUAUAUAUGCUUUUGCAUUCUAUUUACUUUUUGUGCCUUAUUCUGCUGGACCAUACAUAACAGUAUUCUAUUAAAUAUAUAUAUAGUUUUAUUUUUUAUUUCAUAUUUUUAUGCAGAAAUAUAUACAAGGUAUUUUCAAAAGACAACAUACUUUGCCUUAAUUAUGCAGGUUGUGAAGUAUUUUAUUUCAAAUGUGAACACCUGAACUUAAAAUUUAGCUUCUAGACUUCAUUGAUUUUCAGAACAGUACUGAAAGUGCGUAUUUCAGUGAACUGGCAAUAUUACUUUUACACCUAAGAGUGUAAAUAUACAAGGUUUGAUCCUGCUAGGAUCUACUUCUAUAGCCAUCCUCAAGAACUGAGCUCACAAAUCAUCAGAAUUCCUUAUAACAUACCUUGAAUUGUUUUAUACUAUUGACUUCUGUCCAUGCAAAUCUGUUUCAUUUUUCCCUUUCUUAUAGAAAAUACAGUUACUUAGGACUUCUUGAUGGUACUACAUUAUGAAGUACGCAUUUUAUUGUAUUUUUUUUAAUUUUUUAUAUAUUAGUGACUUAAACAGAUUUUAUGUAAUUACAUCAUCGGAAGUAAAAUUUUCUUUCCUGUUUAUGAAAAAUUAGUUGCUUUAAAACACCUGCUUUCCAGUGUCCUCAAUAAAGGCUAUGUUAUGAAA